AUGGCCACUUUUCUCCCGGAAUCCAACAUCCUUACCAAUGUGGAGUCUGCACACUGGCUUUGCGUUGAUUGCCCUCCUUACAACCACGAAGAAUCUACUAUUGAAGACCAGGAUGAUCAGUCAAAUAGUAAUGGCGACUCCUUGUCGGAAAGCAGCUGGGAGGUCCUUGGUGAUGGGAUUAAUAUUAGCGUAUCUGAUGAUCACUUGAGUUUACUGGCUCGUGCCUUUCCUGGUGUUAUGGCUUUACCACAUGCUACUUCCGUCUACGGAGGCAAGUGCGCACUCUGCCUGAGUCGUCUCUUUCCUGAUGAUGCGACGCUUGACUUCUUUGAUGGUAACUUCUACUGCUCUAAUUGCCACCAAGGACAAGAGGCUGUGAUUCCACGCGACAUCAUCGAGUGCUGGGACUUCACUCCUAAACCAGUGUCUUUUGCUACAAAAAAGUUUCUUGACUCCAUUUCGUGUCAUCCACUGAUUGACAUUGGAUUGGUAAACCCUUCCCUGUUUGCGUGGGUUCCGGAGCUACCGAACGUACGACUAUUGCGACGAACACUCUCUCUCCUUUGGUCCCUAGUGUCAAGAUGCUCCAAAGCGACAUCUCGUGAUCUAGUUUUGGCCUUGAAGCAUCGCGGCUACAUGCUGGAUAACAUUGGCACAAUUGAUAGUGUACAGGACUUUCUGGAUAUACGAAGUGGCGAUCUGGAGGAUCACAUACAAGCGGUGGUUACUCGAGUGGCUUUAACUCACGUAUCCUCCUGUUCUGGCUGCCGAGCAUGGGUAUUGUCCUGCGAUAUCUGCAAGGACGUGUCUAGACCGAUUUGGCCUUACAAUUUAACACAAUUCAGACGAUGUGGUACUCCUGGUUGCCGACGCGCAAUGCAUUUAGAUUGCCUCCUCCGAUUGAAAGAAGAAAAGAGAAUUUCCUUGAGAGACUCCUUCCACACAGCAAACUGUCUUACUGAAAACAAGUCGGAGAUCACUGACGACCCCAAUCUGGCUAACGAAAGCAAAUUAAUUGGCAACUCACUUCUCAGGGCAGGGCAGAUAGAACUCCUACCACGAUGUACUGCUUGUAACAACAAUCUGCACGUUUUCAAGAUCGACUGUCCCUCCAUGACUUGA